AUGAUCCCUUCCGCGGAGCCCGAGAUGGCGCUGAGCGUCCUCCACGACGUGCUGAACGUGCCCAAGCCGCGAACAGCCAAGGACGACGCCGGUGCCUCCACCAAUCCCACCAACCCCCCGCCGCCGGCGGCGGCCGCCAAGCCGCAAGCGGCUGCUUCCACCACCACUACCAAUACAUCCAAUAACCACAAGCCCAAGUUCUCCAUCCCCCACACCCUGAUCACCGCGCUGAGUUGCACCGGUUGCAACACCAGCCGCGAGUGUAAGUGCGACAAGGAAAACCGCGUCGGGGCGCCCCCGGCGUUGGUGCCGCUGAGAAUGCCCCAGAAACGGCUGGCGACGGAGCUGCUGACGAACUUGGUCGACCAGAUCCACGAGCCCAAGAAGCUGAAGCUCACCAACUAUGACUGGCAGGACUUGGACGAAGAGGACGCCGACGACCCCUUGAUGUGUCUGGAGUACGUCAACGAGAUCUUCCUCUACUUCUACGAGUUGGAGCAGCGGAUGUUGCCCCUGGGCACCUACCUCACCACCCAGAAACACCUAAAACCGAAGAUGCGGCUGAUUUUGGUCGACUGGUUGGUGGAGAUGCACUUGAAGUUCCGGCUAUUGCCGGAGCUGUUGUUUCUUGCCAUCAACAUCAUGGACCGCUUCAUGCUGGUCGAGGUCGUCCAGGUCGACAAGUUGCAGUUGCUCGCCACGGGGCUGCUUUUCAUCGCCGCAAAGUACGAGGAAGUGUUCCUGCCCUCAGUAAAGAACUACGCCUACUUCACCGACGGGCUGUACACCGAACAGGAGAUUUUGGACGCGGAAAAGUACAUAUUGAAGGUGCUCCGCUUCGACCUCAACUACCCCAACCCGAUGAACUUUUUGCGCCGCAUCUCCAAAGCCGACGACUACGACGUCCAGCUGAGAACGUUGGGCAAAUACUUGCUUGAGGUGACGGUGGUCGACCACCGGUUCAUCGGCUUCAAGCCGUCGCUAUGCUGUGCCGCCGCCAUGUACUUGGCCCGGCUCAUCUUGGGGAAAAACCCCGUGUGGAACGGCAACCUCAUCCACUACCUGGGCGGCUACCGCGUCGCCGACCUCCGCCAGACGGUCGAGAUGAUGGUCGAGUACUUGGUCGCCCCCGUCGAACACGACGAGUUCUUCAAAAAAUACGCCACCAAGAAAUUCAUGAAGGCGCUGAUGUUGUGUCGCCUGUGGGGCAAGCGCUGGGUCGCCGACGACAAGGACUUGUUCGACGACCGCUUCAGCACAAACAAGGUAGCAUAG